AUGAGUUCGAAUGCGCUACCAUGUGAUGACUUCCUGCAGUCAGCAAGGCUCCUCAAUCUGUGGAGGAAAUCUGAUGACCGUGUACGAUAUGAACUUAAUUCAGAAUUACCUACAGCAUCAUUCCUCAACAAAGUAGACUAUACCAGCAAGUGUAAUACUUUUGUUAAUAAAAUGCUUAGUUAUCACGAGAAAAGAACUAAUGCGAUCAAAGAUUGCAUCAAGCUAACUUCAGAGAGACUUAUUGCACUGCAACGUUCUUCGGAGCUCAGUAGUAAUGAAUGCAACAAAGAAGUUACGCGCAACAUUCAAAAGAAACAACUCCUGUUGAGACAGUUUCAAACUGAACUUUUAAAUGAGGAAGUCAUCCAAACUUCAGCGUUUAAAGUAAUAUACGAACGCUGUCGUGAGCAUUUCCGACAUCCUGUUUUUGACAAAUUCAGAGAUUAUGAUUUGUAG